AUGGAACUUGCUUUCUGCAAAAGGGUCUCAGCAUUUCUCCUUUCUUGUUGGCUGCUCUUCUCUGUUGCAUGCUCAGUGGAGGGACUGCAUGGUAAUUCAAGAGUAAGAGGCGUGAACUUGGGUGGUUGGUUAGUCAUAGAAGGAUGGAUAAAGCCUUCUCUGUUUGAUGAAAUUCCAAAUGGAGACAUGCUAGAUGGAACAAUGGUGCAACUAAAGUCUGCAACUCUGCAGAAGUAUGUGUCAGCCGAGAAUGGGGGUGGGAUGAAUGUUACGGUUGAUAAAGAUACUCCUCUAUCAUGGGAAACCUUCAGGUUAUGGAGAUUAUCUGAGUCGAUAUUUCAAUUUCGUACUUCUCAAGGCCAAUUUCUAACUUGCAAUGGAGAUGGAGGUGUGGUGACUGCAACAGCAGGAUCAGCUUCUGCCACAGAAACCUUUUACCUUGAGAGAUCCAAUGACAACAGAGUUCACAUCAAGCUGAAAAGUGGAACUUAUGUUCAAGCUUCAGAAACAAACCAGCUCACAGCAGACUAUGUAGGGACACCAGGUUGGGAUGAUAAUGCUGCCACAUUCGAGAUGACCAUCACAGCUAAUACUUUGCAUGGAGAUUUCCAGCUGGCUAAUGGAUACGGAUAUGCAAAGGCACAAGAGGUUUAUAAGAAGCACAGAAACACCUUUAUCACAGUUGAAGAUUUUGAUUUUCUGUACAGACAUGGAAUAAAUACUGUCAGAAUACCAGUAGGCUGGUGGAUAGCUUUUGAUCCUGAUCCUCCAGCACCUUUCAUUGGGGGAAGUUUGGAAGCUCUUGAUAAUGCAUUCUCAUGGGCGCAAGCCUAUAGCAUCAAGUGCAUAAUUGACCUACAUGCUGCUCCAGGCUCACAAAAUGGAAUGGAACAUAGUGCCAGUAGAGAUGGUACAACAGGGUGGACAUCUACAGAGAACAUCUCACAGACUUUAAUUGUCAUUGACUUUCUGGCUUCCAGGUAUGCUGAACACCCCUCCUUGCUGGGUAUUGAACUUCUAAAUGAGCCAAGCGCCGCCACAGUACCGCUGGAUGUCCUUGUGCCAUAUUACAAACAGGGAUACCAGAUUGUUCGUAAAUACUCGUCCACUGCAUAUGUGAUAUUCUGCCAAAGAAUCGGCAAUGCAGAUCCAAUUGAACUCUAUCAAGCUGACCUAGGCUCAUCAAAUACAGUAGUGGAUUUGCAUUACUAUAAUCUAUUUGACGCAUUCUUCUCUAACAUGAGUAUAGUGGAUAACAUUCAAUUCAUAUACAAGAAUAGAGAGUCUCAAAUACAAGCUCUUAACAGUGCAAAUGGACCACUUGUUUUCAUUGGGGAGUGGGUGAAUGAAUGGAAUACCUCGGCAUCCCAAAUGGAUUAUCAAGAUUUUGGGAGAGCUCAACUGGAAGUGUACAAUGCAGCUUCCUUUGGAUGGACUUACUGGACACUGAAAAAUGAUGAGAAGCACUGGGAUUUUGAGUGGAAUCUCCAGAAUAACUUUCUCCAACUACCAUCAAGUUCUUCUUCUUCAAGAAGGAAUUUCUCCACCAUUAUCGUUUUACUUGCAAUGAUUUGCAGCUGCGUCUUUUGA